AUAUCAUUAAAAUCCAUUAUCCUACAUACUGUAUUGGGUUGAAUCAUGGAGCUCCAAUAUAUUUCUUAUUUUCAACCAACUUCCUCCGUUGUUGCUCUUCUACUUGCUCUUGUAUCCAUCUUAUCCAGUGUCGUUGUUUUGAGGAAGACAUUUUUGAAUAACUACUCAUCAUCACCUGCAUCAUCCACAAAAACAGCGGUACUUUCUCAUCAGCGGCAGCAGUCGUGUGCAUUGCCAAUUUCCGGUCUCCUCCAUAUUUUCAUGAAUAAAAACGGCUUAAUUCAUGUAACUCUUGGAAAUAUGGCUGAUAAAUACGGUCCGAUUUUCAGUUUCCCAACAGGUAGCCAUAGAACUCUCGUUGUGAGCAGUUGGGAGAUGGUAAAAGAGUGUUUUACUGGCAACAAUGACACUGCUUUCUCAAACCGUCCUAUCCCGUUAGCUUUUAAGACUAUAUUUUAUGCAUGCGGUGGCAUAGACUCAUACGGUCUUUCGAGUGUACCUUAUGGAAAAUAUUGGAGGGAGCUUCGAAAGGUCUGUGUGCAUAACCUCCUGUCUAAUCAACAACUACUCAAGUUCAGACACUUGAUAAUUUCUCAAGUCGAUACGUCUUUCAAUAAGCUGUAUGAGUUAUGCAAAAACUCUGAAGACAACCAGGGAAACUAUACUACUACUACUACCGCAGCUGGCAUGGUGAGAAUCGAUGAUUGGCUCGCCGAAUUAUCGUUCAAUGUGAUAGGAAGAAUAGUCUGCGGAUUCCAAUCAGGCCCUAAGACAGGUGCUCCAAGCAGGGUGGAACAAUUUAAAGAAGCAAUUAAUGAAGCAUCUUAUUUUAUGUCGACAUCUCCAGUGUCAGAUAAUGUUCCAAUGCUAGGGUGGAUUGACCAAUUGACAGGUCUUACGAGAAAUAUGAAGCACUGCGGAAAGAAAUUAGACUUGGUGGUCGAGAGCAUAAUUAAUGAUCAUCGUCAAAAGAGACGAUUCUCUAGAACUAAAGGAGGAGAUGAGAAGGACGAUGAACAAGAUGACUUCAUCGACAUUUGUUUGUCAAUAAUGGAGCAACCACAGCUUCCUGGCAACAAUAAUCCUUCUCAGAUACCUAUCAAAUCUAUUGUCCUGGACAUGAUAGGUGGGGGCACUGACACCACAAAACUGACCACCAUCUGGACCCUUUCCUUGCUGCUGAACAACCCCCAUGUGUUGGACAAGGCAAAACAAGAAGUGGAUGCACACUUUCGAACCAAAAGGAGAUCAACAAAUGAUGCAGCAGCAGCCGUGGUGGAUUUUGAUGAUAUUCGUAACCUUGUCUACAUCCAGGCAAUCAUCAAAGAAUCAAUGCGGUUGUAUCCAGCCAGCCCCGUGGUGGAGCGACUGAGCGGCGAAGAUUGUGUGGUCGGUGGGUUUCAUGUACCAGCAGGGACGAGAUUAUGGGCUAACGUAUGGAAGAUGCAACGAGACCCUAAAGUAUGGGAUGAUCCAUUGGUGUUUCGACCAGACAGAUUUUUGAGCGAUGAACAGAAGAUGGUUGAUGUAAGGGGUCAAAAUUAUGAGCUGUUACCAUUUGGAGCCGGUCGACGUGUAUGUCCAGGUGUAUCCUUCUCUUUGGAUCUAAUGCAACUGGUACUGACUCGUCUUAUUCUCGAGUUUGAAAUGAAGUCUCCUAGCGGGAAAGUGGACAUGACAGCAACACCAGGAUUAAUGAGUUACAAGGUGAUCCCCCUUGACAUUCUGCUCACCCAUCGUCGCAUAAAGCCGUGUGUGCAGUCAGCAGCCUCUGAGAGAGACAUGGAGAGUAGUGGUGUACCAGUAAUCACUCUGGGCUCGGGCAAGGUGAUGCCUGUUCUGGGCAUGGGAACAUUUGAGAAAGUUGGUAAAGGGUCCGAAAGAGAGAGGUUGGCGAUUUUAAAAGCGAUAGAGGUGGGUUACAGAUACUUCGAUACAGCUGCUGCAUACGAAACUGAAGAGGUUCUUGGAGAAGCUAUUGCUGAAGCACUUCAACUUGGCCUAGUCAAAUCUCGAGAUGAACUUUUCAUCAGUUCCAUGCUCUGGUGCACUGAUGCUCACGCUGAUCGUGUCCUCCUCGCUCUUCAGAAUUCGCUGAGGAAUCUUAAAUUGGAGUAUGUGGAUCUAUAUAUGUUACCCUUCCCGGCAAGCUUGAAGCCUGGGAAGAUAACGAUGGACAUACCAGAGGAAGAUAUUUGUCGCAUGGACUACAGGUCUGUAUGGGCAGCCAUGGAAGAGUGUCAAAACCUUGGCUUCACUAAAUCAAUCGGUGUUAGCAAUUUCUCCUGCAAAAAGCUUCAGGAAUUGAUGGCGACCGCCAACAUCCCUCCAGCUGUGAAUCAAGUGGAGAUGAGCCCGGCUUUCCAACAAAAGAAGCUGAGAGAGUAUUGCAACGCAAAUAAUAUAUUAGUCAGUGCAAUCUCUGUACUGGGAUCAAACGGAACCCCAUGGGGCUCCAAUGCAGUUUUGGGUUCUGAGGUGCUUAAGAAAAUUGCUAUGGCCAAAGGAAAAUCUGUUGCUCAGGUUAGUAUGAGAUGGGUUUACGAGCAAGGCGCGAGUCUUGUGGUAAAAAGUUUCAGUGAAGAGAGAUUGAGGGAAAACUUGAACAUAUUUGACUGGGAACUCACUAAGGAAGACCAUGAAAAGAUCGGUGAGAUUCCACAGUGCAGAAUCUUGAGUGCUUAUUUUUUGGUCUCACCUAAUGGACCUUUCAAAUCUCAAGAAGAGUUGUGGGAUGAUGAAGCUUGAAACAUCGAUCAUUUAACUCUAGACAUGCAUUUAUAAGAGAAGCUUCCCCUGCUGUGUGCUCAAUCUUGAUUUAUUUUAUCAAAUUACAUCUUGCUAUAAGGGAGUCACAGAUCUCA